AUGCUAUCCAUCUCAUAUCCUACCCCGGCACUGUUUGAAAGCGUCGAUGAUGCUUCAGCUGAGCUGAUCCUUGAGCUCCAGCUCGCCGAUCUCGAAGACUUGAAAGAAAGCUAUCCCGGGAAACAAAGGGAGGGUGAUCAUCGCGAUGGGGAGAUCGCAGUGUCUGUGUUUGAAGACAACGUUCGCGAUCUACAGACAUUCUUCGCCGACAAACGAAUGACGAAGAGUAUCGCCCAAGCUGUUACAGCUGAUGGCGCAGUGAUCAGCGAGACCAUUCUGGAGGAGAGCGCUGCGCACGACGAUCAUCAUAUUGCAAGCAUGAUCGGUGGACGAGACACAGCUGCCAAUCUCAGCUCGACACAAACUGCCCCAAAGGACCUCGACAAUGUCAUCUUAGCUAAGCUCGCCGCAGCAUAUAUCUCAGAAGACAUUGGCUCAAAUCUGGGUGAAGAACACGACCUAUCUACUUCACGUACGGAGUGCGAGGUGAAUCACGCCGAGGCUUCGGAAUGGGCCGCCAGUCGCGCAGGUCGAGCUGGUGGUACAGACCAUCGCUGUGUGGCGUGCCUCGAACCGAAGAAGCAUUUCGAUGUCAUUGCGGCACCGUGUCAAGAUGAAUACUGUCGCACAUGUUUGCGCGAGCUUUUCGAUGCAUCCUUUACGGACGAAAGCCUGUUCCCACCUCGUUGUUGUCGGCAGCCCAUUUCUUUGAAAGAUGUCGAGAUUUUCCUCACUCGUGAGCUAAAAGAGAAGCUCGAAGAGAAGGUGGUUGAGUAUAGCUCUCAGGAUAGGACUUAUUGUCACAAACCCGCGUGCUCAGUCUUCAUCAGCACAGAUUAUAUUACCAGUGAUGUGGCCAGGUGUCCUGCAUGUUCAAACUUCACCUGCUCCACAUGCAAAGAGGCAGCUCAUGACGAUCAAGACUGCCCAAACGAUACGGCCCUUCAAGGUGUACUCGAUCUUGCCGAAGAACAAGGCUGGCGACGCUGCUUCUCUUGUGGGCGAAUGGUUGAGCUAGAUACAGGCUGCAAUCAUAUGACUUGGCUGCAACAAGGUGCUCGUCAGUGUAUCUGGUAUCUACCAGACAAGGGAAGAUGCUGCAUGGUUAAGCUUGAAGCGAAUGAGAAUCAGUCGGUCCUCCAGCUCGCUGUUGCGCUCCUCCAGGGUGAUCCACUCACCCCUCAUGCUCAGCAGUCAUUGGCACAGAUAGCUGAGCGCUGCUGCUGUACCCGCCAUCAUCGCAACAAGAUCUGGGGAAGCGGGUUGGCAGACUCUCUUGCCACCCUGUGGCAGGCUGAAAUACGCGAUGCGUUAUUCGCUACGAGGCAAAAGCCUGCAAGCCCCGCCACUUGCAAGAUCAUGUCGCCGCACAAUACACACAAUUCUCGUGCUCCAAAGAAGGUGGCUUUCAGCAAACAUUCAGUUUUGGAUGGUCAAACGUUGGCCACUGCCUUACUUUCAGACAUCGAUCUACAGGCUCCCAAAGAGGGCAUUGUCUACAUCUUCACGUACACGAAAAGCUCUUUUAAUGGCAUGCUCAAAAUUGGCUUUACCAACUCAAUCGAUAAUCGUAUGGGCUACUGGGCUGAGUGCAGUCAUGGCUCCCCGUCUCUUCUCAGUCAGCACGCCAAUACACGCCACCCGGAACGGGUGGAACUACUGGUUCAUUUCGAAUUAGUCGAGCACUGGUAUGCUCUGAGGUGGUGUAAUGUUCAUCUCCAAGCUCACAUUGAGUGGUUCAAGAUUGGAGUGCUCACUGCUGACCGAAUCAUUCAAUCCUGGGCAGCAUGGAUGAAGCGUGCCAAUCCAUAUGACAGGAGGGGGCGCCUUAAACCCUUUUGGCAAGAGAUCAUGGAGUUCCUGGCUAUCUAUGAGAUAUCGAUCACAGCUGAAUUAAUGAUGCAAAUUCAGGAAGUGGAGGAGGGCUUGUUCGACCUAACAGAACUCCUUGACGAUGAUGCCCUUCGCCAAGUAUCCCGAAACAACGUGAAGGGGGAGCAAGCCAGCGGCAACACCAGCACGCCGACACAAAUCGGUGCACAAUUCCCCACCGCAAUGAAGCACGAGGCUGAGUCCGUUCGGAUCAAGAAAGAAAUCACGGAUUCGCAACCCAAAUUCACGAACUAA